UUUAUGAAAUUUAAUUUGCCCCUACAAAUUCCGUUAUUUGUCCUCUGAGCACAGCAAAGAGUCGUUACGUUACUCGUCACUUUGACCGGUGAAAGCCCAACUUCUUCUCUUGCCCCACUUCCAGCGAUAAUGGACAGCCAAAUUGUCGGAUUCAAUCGGACUAGUUUGCUCAAUCCGAAUUCCAACUAUCCACUGCGAUUUCGAGUUUUUGGAGCUCCGAAAAUCCCAUUUCCUCGUUCUAAUUGCUCUUCAGGGGGUAAUUUGAGUUAUAAUAAGGGAAUUAAGUGCGCAAUGAAAUCUUACAAGUUAUCGGAACUUUCUACUUCCGAGGUUGAGAGUCUCAAGACUCGUCCUAGAAUCGAUUUCUCUUCGAUAUUCACCACUGUCAACCCUAUUGUUGAUCAUGUUCGGAGAAGAGGCGAUGCUGCUGUUAAAGAGUAUACUUUAAAGUUUGACAAAGUCGAAUUGGAUCGGACGGUUGUAAGUGUUUUUGAGCUUCCUGAUCCAGAGCUUGAUCCUGUAGUACAAGAAGCAUUCGAUGUGGCCUAUGACAAUAUCUAUGCAUUUCAUUUUGCUCAGAAGUCAGCUGAGAGAAGUGUAGAGAACAUGAAAGGUGUCAAAUGCAAACGUGUGGCGAGAAGCAUUGCUUCUGUUGGUCUUUAUGUUCCUGGGGGUACUGCAGUUUUACCUUCAACUGCUUUGAUGCUUGCAAUUCCUGCAAAGAUUGCUGGAUGUAAAACUGUUGUUCUCGCGACUCCCCCAAGUCAGGGUGGCAGUAUAUGCAAGGAGGUACUAUAUUGUGCUAAGAAGGCUGGUGUCACUCACAUUCUUAAAGCUGGAGGAGCUCAGGCCAUUUCCGCUAUGGCAUGGGGCACCGAAUCUUGUCCAAAGGUUGAGAAGAUUUUUGGCCCUGGAAAUCAAUAUGUCACAGCUGCAAAAAUGAUUCUCCAAAACAGUGAAGCCAUGGUGGCAAUUGACAUGCCUGCGGGCCCUUCAGAAGUUCUCGUGAUUGCCGACAAAUAUGCCAGUCCUGUUCAUAUUGCUGCAGACUUACUCUCUCAGGCUGAGCAUGGGCCUGAUAGUCAGGUUGUUCUUGUACUCGCUGGAGAUGGUGUGGAUUUUAAAGCUAUAGAAGAUGAAAUAAAGAAGCAAUGUGAUAGCCUACCAAGGGGAGAAUUUGCCUCAAAAGCACUGAGCCACAGUUUCACUGUUUUUGCCCGUGACAUGGUUGAGGCUGUCUCUUUUUCAAACUUAUAUGCACCCGAGCAUCUAAUUGUCAAUGUCAAGGAUGCAGAUAAAUGGGAGGGUUUCAUUGAGAACGCUGGGUCUGUGUUCUUAGGGCAGUGGACACCAGAGAGUGUCGGAGACUAUGCAAGUGGGACAAACCAUGUCCUUCCCACCUAUGGUUAUGCCCGGAUGUACGGUGGUGUAUCUCUGGAUUCCUUCCUCAAGUACAUGACAGUCCAAUCUUUGACAGAGGAGGGUCUGAGAAAGCUUGGUCCUCAUGUGGCAACAAUGGCUGAAGUUGAGGGGCUUGAGGCACACAAGAGAGCCGUAACGCUUAGGCUCAAGGAUAUUGAAGCCAGACAAGUUAGUAUGAGAUGAUAAGUUGGCAUCUAAUUUUACCAUAUAUGUUCCUUCCGGGCAUUGUUUCUUUCUCUGCUCAAACCUAUAUUGGAACCUGAAUUCGGAUACCGAGAGAGGGUUGGCUGUGAUCCUUGUCUGUUAGUCUCUUGCCUAAAGUAUCAAAAGCCGAAGGACUUUCCCUAGGAAAAUCCAAUUCUUACAGCCCUGAUAGGAAUAAUUCGUUCUUGGUGUUGCUACUGUGAACACGUCCUAUCCUUAACAGAGUUGAACAUUUUAUUGAAAUGUUUUGAAACAUCAUGGCAUAACAAAUAUGGGGACCAAAACGGUAUGUGCUUUGAUUUCAUCAA